AUGGAAGUUGAUAGUGUUGAAGGUUGGAAUAAUAACCCUCCUGAUGGAGCUAAAUUUGCUAAUUUAAAAGCUUUUGUAAAUGCUGCUCGCGAAUUCGAAGCUACACAUAGCGAAUCUGCUAUUAAUCUAAUGACUCGUUACUUGGGGUUGAUUGCUUCAUCUUGCGACUUGUCCAUAUUUUCUCCUGGAAGAAGUGAAGUCUGUGCGUUCUUUAGCUCAUUAUGGCGCGCGAUGCGAGAUGGUCGUGGGCCACACUGGGCCGGUAUCGCAGUCCUUGCUAGAGCUUCUGUUGAACCUAGUGCUAGACACGCAUUGACACAUACAUACAAAUUUAUGCCCAUUUUAUCUCAAUUAUUAUCAGAUACAAUAUCAAAUGAUAAGAAAAUAAAACUUCUCUCUGUGAUGCAGGACAUCUCAUAUGGAAUAAAAAUUAGUUGGCAGGAGUCAUAUCUAACGGGUCUAAUGAAGCAGCUUACAGAUUGGAUAUUACAACCUGUGACAGAGCCGCAGCACCGUGCAAUUGGUCACAAGUCACUCACUGUCUUAGUAAAUGUAUGCUAUGGGAAUUUACCUGCGAUAUACGCUCUCAUGAGAACCGUGGAUACUAAGGAUUUUGUUGUACAUUUGAUAAGUAUGAAGGACGGUGGCUAUGGAGGAGUAGAAGUAUGUCGUUUACUCCUUUGUCUAUCAAGUGGAACACGAGGGUCUGCGGCAAUCCGACAACCAGACAUACAUAGUUACUUGUGCUGUACUAUGCGUACAUUUAGUAAGGCAAUUGUUGAUAGGGAUGCAACUCAGCUGCUACACGCAUACACAUUUAUAAAUGAUUUAUACACGGACAAUAAUCUAAGAAAUUUUGUUCUUACGUACCCUAAUUUUACCUCUGCACUUCAAGAAUCAAUACCGAAAGUAGAUGACUUGUGUAAAAUGACACAAGAUGAUGUAGAUGAACCGGAAAAUUUAACAAGCUGUGUACAAAAUGUAUUGAAGUUUCUUACUGUUUUGGUUAAUUUAGAUUUAUACUCACUAAGAUGUCACCACUGUCAACUAGUAUGUCUGUGUAUGAAAUCGAGUCGGCUAUGUCUACCGGAGUCGUUAGAAUUAUUUGCUGCUAUUAUAUCUCAGUAUAGAGAUGAAGGUGUUCUACCGCAGGAGUUAACAUCUGUUAUCGUUGAUGGCCUUCCAGCCCUUUUGGUACCGCCAUCCUUAGAACCCGGAAAAGUUGGACUGCAGUGGUUGAAAGUAGUUGGAGCCUUAUGUGAGUCAAGUGAAACUCAAGAACACGUCUUACAAGAAGUAACACCGGAUUCCUUUGAAGAUACGUUAUACAGCGUGCUACAAUUUACUUCCCAGAAUGGUCCAGUAGGCGUGGAGACGGCUCAACAAAGCGUGGUAUUAGCGUGUCGAAGUGGAUUGAUUCUAGCGCCGCUGUCCAAACAAUGGGAGGCCGCUUUCAACCGAAUGUUAGCGCACCAUCAGGUCCGCAAGCUCUUAUGUGUGGCCCUGACAAGUAAUAAUGGAUCCCGUCGAAGACAGAUCUUGCAAUUAAUCAAACAUCAUUAUUUCCCGUCGGAUCAAAUGAAUCAGAUAUUCGGCGAGAGUCUCCAAAAUAUGGGCGAGGCGGAGAGUCCGCCUCGCUCUCCGCGGAGCGACGCGUGCGCGGCCGAGCGCCUGGCGCCGGCGCAGGAGCGGCAGCUGGACCGCCUGCUGGCGCAGCUGGCGGCCGCGCUGCAGGCCGGGAAGCGCCUGGCGCCGGCGCAGGAGCGGCAGCUGGACCGCCUGCUGGCGCAGCUGGCGGCCGCGCUGCAGGCCGGGAAGCGCCUGGCGCCGGCGCAGGAGCGGCAGCUGGACCGCCUGCUGGCGCAGCUGGCGGCCGCGCUGCAGGCCGGGAAGCGCCUGGCGCCGGCGCAGGAGCGGCAGCUGGACCGCCUGCUGGCGCAGCUGGCGGCCGCGCUGCAGGCCGGGAAGCGCCUGGCGCCGGCGCAGGAGCGGCAGCUGGACCGCCUGCUGGCGCAGCUGGCGGCCGCGCUGCAGGCCGGGAAGCGCCUGGCGCCGGCGCAGGAGCGGCAGCUGGACCGCCUGCUGGCGCAGCUGGCGGCCGCGCUGCAGGCCGGGAAGCGCCUGGCGCCGGCGCAGGAGCGGCAGCUGGACCGCCUGCUGGCGCAGCUGGCGGCCGCGCUGCAGGCCGGGAAGCGCCUGGCGCCGGCGCAGGAGCGGCAGCUGGACCGCCUGCUGGCGCAGCUGGCGGCCGCGCUGCAGGCCGGGAAGCGCCUGGCGCCGGCGCAGGAGCGGCAGCUGGACCGCCUGCUGGCGCAGCUGGCGGCCGCGCUGCAGGCCGGGAAGCGCCUGGCGCCGGCGCAGGAGCGGCAGCUGGACCGCCUGCUGGCGCAGCUGGCGGCCGCGCUGCAGGCCGGGAAGCGCCUGGCGCCGGCGCAGGAGCGGCAGCUGGACCGCCUGCUGGCGCAGCUGGCGGCCGCGCUGCAGGCCGGGAAGCGCCUGGCGCCGGCGCAGGAGCGGCAGCUGGACCGCCUGCUGGCGCAGCUGGCGGCCGCGCUGCAGGCCGGGAAGCGCCUGGCGCCGGCGCAGGAGCGGCAGCUGGACCGCCUGCUGGCGCAGCUGGCGGCCGCGCUGCAGGCCGGGAAGAUAUCAGAUAUAGCUACAUCAAGUGUCAUGGAGCUGUACGGUUACAAGAUGACGUGCUUGGAGCACAGGCUGCAUUCACAUUCACUAGCAUUACAGGGUGCAACAGAACACAUGGCAUCCUUACAACACUCCCUCGCGUUAUUGCAAGCUACAAACUCCGCUCAGCAAGAUGUAUUGUAUACGACACAGAUGCAGAAUGAAAAACAUAAAAAGUCCAUAGAAGAUCUCCACAAGCAGUUAGAGGACGCUGAAAAGACGCUACGAGGUUUCAGAGCAAAGUUAGCCGCCGAGAGACUGGAUAAGGAAAAUCAAAAAGAAAUUCUACAAAAGGAAUUUAGGACACAGUUAACUAAUAUAGAAAAUGAAAUGAAAAUACGAGAAAGAGAGGCGGAAGAGAGAUUGAAACAACUCGAGUCAGAUAACAAAGCGUUGCAGAAAAAAUUAGAACAACAGACAAAUAAAAACAGUGAGUUAGCGGGUGUUCUUAUAAAGUUCGAAGAGAGAGUCAAACAACGUGAUAAAAAGUUGGAAGAAGCGGCCGCGUCUGAUAGUAGUUUAAGACGGGAGUUAGAACAACGGGAUAACAUGAUAAAGCAAUUAGAAAAAACUGUCGUCGAACGUGAGAACAGAUUAUACCAAGUGACCACACAGUUGGAAGAAAUGAAACGUGUGCAAGAAAUGGUGGCCAAGCUCAUGAGCAAGAGCUCUUCGACAGCGGCUAGCUAACGAUUACAGGUGAAAAAUAA